AAAGCACGAAAAUAUUUAUAUGACAUGAACAAACUUGCUUGAUGACAACUUUGCUCAGUCAAAUACUUAUUAUCUAUCAAUUACGUAUUUACAGAAGUCUUGAUUUGAACUACAUUUAUGCGUUUAUUUGCUAAACCUAGUCUUCCCCAAUGUUGUUUUCUUCUUAUUUCAGACAUCCUAAUGUAAUUAUAUUGACAACAUCGAACAUAACUAGAGCCAUAGACGUUGCGUUCGUGGACAGAGCCGACAUCAAACAGUAUAUUGGUCCGCCAUCAGCCAAAGCUAUUUACAAAAUUUACCAUUUGUUUACCAGUAUCAUAUCACCAGCCACUCAAAUUUUGGAUUUAAGCUUUGUCGACAACGAUGUAACACACUGUAGUCUUGAAUUAAAGAAGAUAGCCGAAAAAAGUUAUCAACUAAGUGGUCGAACUCUUCGUAAACUACCAUUCCUUGCACAUGCGCUGUACUCAAAAGCGCAAACGAUAACCUUAGAAGAGUUUUUGAAUAAGCGUGCAAAUGUGAUCUUUCUAGCGAUUGUAUACUUUUUAUACAUUCAUAGUAAUAUUUUGGAUAUGUUUUGUUGA